UGUGUUGCAGGAGGAUGCUGCGGCUCCACCAAGAAGGACACCAUCGUGGGCGGCUGGGCGUGGGCCUGGUGGUUUGUGACCGACGUCCAGCGCCUGUCGCUAGAGGUGAUGACGCUGAACCCGAUGUGCGAGAGCGUGGAGACGGCGCAGGGGGUGCCGCUGACGGUGACCGGCGUCGCGCAGUGCAAGAUCAUGAAGGCGGACGAGCUGCUGCAGACCGCCUCCGAGCAGUUCCUGGGCAAGACCGUCAAGGACAUCAAGUCCACCGUCCUGCAGACGCUCGAGGGACACCUGCGCGCCAUCCUGGGAACUCUUACCGUCGAGGAGGUGUACAAAGACCGCGACCAGUUCGCGUCGCUGGUGAGGGAGGUGGCCGCGCCUGACGUGGGCCGCAUGGGCAUCGAGAUCCUCUCCUUCACCAUCAAGGACGUGUACGACGAGGUGCAGUACCUGGCGUCGCUGGGCAAGGCGCAGACGGCCGCCGUCAAGCGGGACGCAGACAUCGGCGUCGCGCAGGCCAACCGCGACGCCGGCAUCCGGGAAGCAGAAUGUGAAAAGUCAGCCAUGGACAUAAAGUAUACGACCGACACGAAAAUUGAGGACAACUCUCGAAUGUUCAAGCUGCAAAAGGCCAACUUUGACAAAGAAGUCAACACUGCUAAAGCAGAGGCACAGCUGGCCUACGAGCUGCAGGCGGCAAAGAUCCGCCAGCACAUCCGUAAUGAGGAGAUCCAGAUCGAGGUGGUGGAACGGCGCAAACAGAUUGAGGUUGAAGCGCAGGAGGUGGAGCGCAAGGAGCGGGAGCUCAAUGCCACUGUGCGUCUGCCUGCCGAGGCGGAGAGCUACAAGGUGCAGACCAUCGCAGAGGGAAAGAGGACCCAGACUGUGGAAGUGGCCAAAGCAGAAGGAGAGAAGAUAAAACAGAUUGGAGCAGCAGAAGCAUAUGCUAUAGAGAGUGUGGGAAAAGCGGAGGCUGAGCGCAUGCGUAUGAAGGCAGCUGUCUACAAGCAAUAUGGUGAUGCUGCCAUCAUGUCCCUUGUAUUGGAUGCCUUACCUAAGAUUGCGGCAGAGGUGGCAGCUCCACUGGCAAAGACAGAGGAGAUUGUGCUGCUCGGUGGUGAGUCAAAGGGAAUAGCUGAGGUAACCAGACUGGUUGGGCAGAUACCACCUGCAGUGCAUGCUGUAACAGGAGUGGACCUCUCAAAGGUCCUAAGUAAGGUCCCAGGUGCUAAAUAAUACAGGGAGCAAACCAGCUGCAUAACUACACCGUACAGUGAUUCUCAUUAAGAUAGAAUCUCUACUUCUUUUAAAUUUCUGAAAACAAGGGAUCAAAAAGAAGUAAUGGGAAAGUUUAUUAGAACUCUAAACAUAAGCCUUCUUCCUCAGGUAUUUUGUCUGGCGCCUAGAUGAAUGUAAAAUUUAUACAUCCUAAUUGCUUGCUGUAUGUACAUCCAUAAUUCAAAUUAUUCAAAAGUAUGUCUACAAUUACAAAAGACAUUGUGCAAAAUAUUUUUAUUUCAAAAUAAAUACAUGGUUUGUUAUAGUAACAGACCAGUCUUUCAACUGCUUAUCCAAAUCAUGAAGCACAAGUUUCUAAAUACUAAAUGCCAAGCAAAAAUUCUUAUGAAAUUCCCAUAUUAUCUGUUCUUAUUCAUAUCUCUCUUGAAAACUGAAUAACACAAGUAAAAUCUGACAUUUAAUCAUGAUUAUCAAAUUUUCUAAUGCUACAUGCAAAAUUAGCUUCAUUAUGCACCCACAUGAUAGACUGUUAUAUAGAUUCUCGUGGAUGAAUGCUCAUUGUUUUCAUUUAUUUUGUUAUGUUUGUGCCUGAAAGGACUGCUCAAAUUUUUAAAUUGUACUUCAGCUGCUGUCACUAUUGCAGCACAUUUCAGAAAGUUAAUCACAUAAUUUGUCUAUGCUUAUGGGCACAUUAUGACCGCCCCCUUUCAGUGAGCAUAAUUCACACAGAGCACUCAUCACAGUUUUUUUCCCUACUGCCAGGCUGUUUUGUGUGUAAGAUUCCAAUUUCAAGGACUUAACAAGUAGCAGAUGUUUUGCACAAAUAGUGUGCCUUUAUCCCUUAAAUAAUUUAAACUGAUAUAUUUACUUUCUUGUUCACAAAGACUUCAUCUGUUCCAUUCUGAUAACAGUAAUAUCAGGUACAUCAACAAAUAUUUUUGCCAACUGUCUGGAAAUCUGUUGUAAUAAAUUAGAUAAUAAUACUUUCUUGUGAAAUUUUUAGAAAAAAAGUGCGCAAUAUAUUUUUACAACUCAAAUUUUUUCAAAGAACUUUGUUAUUAGUAAAUUUCCUCAUCAAAUUUUUGUAACAUGCAUAACAGACACUUUGUGCUGUUAUGAAUCUUUCUAAAUUCUUGCAGUUUUUUUGUGUGCAAAUUCAUUGAAAGUACUUACUGUUUUUUUU